UCACUCAUCGGCUACGUCUGAUAGAGUGGGCGCGGCCACGUCAAGCUAGUUCUGUAGGCUUUUACGUCACUAAUGUCAGGCGCUGCUUCCGGUGUGCUCGUUGUUGUUCCUGCUGGCUGCUCUUGUUACAGUUGUACGCUACUCUCUUAUUACCCGGCAUUGUACCCGCUGCAGAUCAUGGACUCCCGCUUUAGUCGUGGAAAGUCUUCUAUUUUAGAGCGCUCAUUGGCCAGGCCGAAGACUGAGGUGAGCCUCAGUGCGUUUGCCCUUCUAUUUUCUGAAAUUGUACAGUACUGCCAAAAUCGUGUUUAUUCCGUUUCUGAACUUCAAGCUAAACUGUCUGAGCUUGGCCAACAAGUUGGUUGUCGUAUCCUUGAUCCCCUAGUCAUGAGGGAGAAGAAUGGCAAACGUGAGACUAAAGUGAUAAGUGCCCUCCUUUUCAUAAAGGUUGUUGCAUGGAAAGCUCUUUUUGGAAAAGAAGCGGACAAACUAGAGCAAGCAAAUGACGAUGACAAAACUUACUACAUUAUUGAAAAGGAUCCGCUCAUAAAUGCAUACAUUUCAGUUCCAAAGGAGAACAGUACUCUCAACUGUGCGUCUUUCACGGCUGGCAUUGUGGAGUCUUUGUUGACCUGUAGUGGCUUUCCAGCAAAAGUAACUGCCCAUUGGCACAAGGGGACCACACUCAUGAUCAAAUUUGAUGAGUCUGUCAUUCUUCGGGACAAAGCACUGGAUGGACGCUAAAAGCCUUUAGGUAUUAGAUUGGAAGCAUCCAACCUACAUUUUCUUGUUCUUUUUCUGUUUGCAUCUUAAAUAAAUCUUGUAAAAUAAAAUUUGCUUGGGUUGCUGUAUGGUUAUAGCAAUGUUUUCCACAUACGUCAGCUAUAGAGAGGUUGACUUUAGAGUGUGUAUUUUGCUAUUGCUUUAGAGCAAAUUAAAUUGCUUUAAAUAAACCUGCAUGCUCCUCAAA